AUGGAACAACGGUUGUGUGUCAUUACCAAUUUCAUUCAACAGGCACUUCCCUUAGGCUCAACAACUGGUGCCGGUUUGGGGGGACAAUCUGGCGCUCUGGGACUAGGGCAGCAAGCAUCGACGGGAAUAGGAAUACUCAAUCAAUUCUGGGUCUAUCUUACUCCCCUCCUCGGCGCUUACGUUGCAGAUACAUAUCUUGGUCGUUUUAAGACUAUCUGUAUUGCCCUCGCUGUCGCCAUCGUGGGCCAUGUCAUCUUGGUGAUUUCGGCAACCCCUCCGAUCAUUGCACAUCCCAAGAACUCAUUGGCCUGCUUCCUCGUCGGGCUUCUUGUCAUGGGCUUAGGAACGGGCUCUUUUAAGCCCAAUAUAUCUCCGAUGAUCGCUGAGCAGUUGAACCUCACCGAGAUGGCCGUCAGAACUCUACCUACAGGUGAAAAGGUUAUCGUCGACCCCUUAGUUACGCAGAGUAGAGUCUACCAUUACUUUUACCUCUUCAUCAACAUCGGCUCCAUCGUUGGUCAGAUCGGGAUGGUAUACUGUGAGAAAUACGUAGGAUUUUGGCUCGCCUUUUUACUACCCACCAUACUGCUUGGGAUCUGCCCUAUCAUCAUGUGGUAUGCGCGCAACAAGUACGUCCGCACUCCACCAGAUGGCACUGUGCUAGCAAAGACUAUCAGGCUUUUUGUAAUGGGAAAUAAGGGUCGAUGGUCCUUAAAUCCCAUAUCUACCUACAGACGCCUCAAUGAUGGCACAUUCUGGACACUUCUCAAGCCUUCCGUAAUUCCAGAAUCUCAGCGUCCACCCUGGAUGACAUUUGACGAUGAAUGGGUCGAAGAGGUACGAUGUGGUUUCGGAGCUUGCGCAGUAUUUUGCUGGAUACCACUUUAUUGGCUAACUUACAAUCAACUCAAUAACAAUCUGACUUCGCAAGCAGCAGUUAUGCAGCUUCAUGGUAUGCCAAACGAUGUGCUCUCCAAUAUUGACCCAUUCACAUUAAUUAUACUCAUUCCAGUAUUUGAUAUUUUUCUUUACCCGUUUCUUCGCAAGGCCAGAAUUAGGUUCACGCCAAUCAAAAGAAUUACGGCUGGCUUCUUCAUGGGAUCGGCCGCCAUGGUCUGGGCGGCCAUUGUUCAGGCUAAAAUUUACCAGAAAUCUAUCUGCGGCAAUAGGGCAGCUGGAAUUCUUCCUGCCCCUCUCGGUGGAGAUGGCCGGAUGCUGUGUCCACCUGCAUCAAUCAAUGUCUGGAUGCAAUCUGGCUCGUAUGUUCUCAUUGCCGUUAGCGAAAUCUUGACCAGCAUAACUACACUCGAGUAUGCCUUCUCUAAGGCGCCGAAAAACAUGCGAAGUCUCGUCAUGGCCUUCAAUAUUUUUAUGACUGCUAUCUCAGCUGCCCUGGGCGAAGCUUUCGUCGCCCUAAGUGCGGAUCCCUUUCUAAUCUGGAAUUUCAGCGUCAUGGCAACACUAAGCGCUGUGGGGGGCACUUGUUUUUGGUUGCAGUUUCAAAAGCUCGAUCGUGAGGACGAAUGA